GCUGCGAUUUGCAAUAAAGCAUUCACAAUUCCUUUGCGACAACCCAUUUUAUAUAGGCGGCAGCUGCAAUUCGGUCAUACCGGACUCGACGCCUCGGUAAUUACUCGAUAAGACGUUCGAAUAGGGUCGCCGUAAUCGAUAUUCUAUUGUGCUAUACUCCGUCGUGUGGAGCGUGCACGAUUUUUGUUCCCUGCCGAGCCGAAAUUACCUAUAUAGACGCUCUUAUUGCCCUUAGAGGGUCUUAAUAUACCCACUCUGGACGCCUGAAGCGUUGGAACCUUUCGGUACUUGGGCUUUAUUCCGCUCUUCCAUCCAAACAUCGAUUUAAAAUCAUCUGUUCCGGCGGUAUAAGCAAACAUGUCGCGAUCGAAUCCCCCCAAUCCGGCUGGAUCCCGAAAGAUCUCAUUUAAUGUUAGUGAGCAAUACGACAUCCAGGAUGUUGUUGGAGAGGGAGCUUAUGGAGUUGUCUGUUCUGCGAUACACAAGCCGUCAGGCCAGAAAGUCGCCAUUAAGAAGAUUACUCCUUUCGACCAUUCCAUGUUCUGCCUAAGAACUCUUCGAGAGAUGAAGCUUCUUAGAUACUUUAACCACGAGAACAUUAUCUCCAUCCUUGACAUCCAGAAGCCGCGAAAUUAUGAGACUUUCAAUGAAGUAUAUCUGAUCCAGGAACUAAUGGAGACGGAUAUGCACCGUGUCAUUCGUACCCAGGAUUUAUCAGAUGAUCACUGCCAAUACUUCAUCUACCAAACGCUACGAGCGUUGAAGGCUAUGCAUUCCGCUAACGUGCUUCACCGAGAUUUGAAGCCGAGCAAUCUUCUACUGAACGCUAACUGCGAUCUGAAAGUGUGUGAUUUUGGUCUUGCACGAUCAGCCGCCUCUCAGGAAGACAACUCUGGUUUCAUGACAGAAUAUGUCGCUACCCGUUGGUACCGUGCUCCUGAGAUCAUGUUGACGUUUAAGGAGUACACCAAGGCGAUUGAUGUUUGGUCCGUCGGUUGCAUUCUAGCGGAGAUGCUAAGCGGAAAGCCUCUUUUCCCAGGAAAGGAUUACCACCAUCAAUUGACUUUGAUCUUGGAUGUUCUAGGAACGCCAACUAUGGAGGAUUAUUACGGAAUUAAGUCUCGUCGAGCUCGCGAGUAUAUCCGUUCCCUUCCUUUCAAGAAGAAGGUUCCGUUCCGAACUCUCUUUCCUAAGACUUCCGACCUCGCCCUCGACCUGCUAGAGAAGCUCCUAGCCUUUAACCCCGUCAAGCGUAUCACUGUGGAGGAGGCUCUGAAGCACCCGUACCUCGAACCGUACCACGACCCUGAGGACGAGCCGACAGCACCUCCGAUUCCCGAAGAGUUCUUCGAUUUCGACAAGCACAAGGAUAACCUUAGUAAGGAGCAGUUGAAGCAGCUCAUCUACCAAGAGAUCAUGCGGUAGAACCGACAUUAUUCUGGUAGUCAGGGGGUGAUGGCAUAUCUUAUGCAGGGUUUUGGGCUUGAAGAAUACAUCUACUGAAACCAACUCC